GCGACGCUGCCCCCGUCAUCACUCGUCGACUUGUUUCCCCCAAGAAUGCAUCGCUUUGUUCUGUCGGCAGGGCUCAUGGGGGUAGUUCACGCCCGCAUCGAGUGGGUGGAGUCCAAGGCGGCACGCCAAGAGCGUCACAUCCUGUUGCCAUUGGACGGGGACGGUCCUGCGAUGCGUCAAGACACGUACGCAGUGUGUAAAUGAGGUGACGACAACAACCAGUUUGCGUUUGCCAUCAUUGCAAACACCGAAAACGACGACGCCGACUGCUUCCCCAACUUUUUCGCCGACGCGACGGGCUUGUCAUAUCCGUAUCCCCGCAGCAGCUUCCACCACGAUUUGGCAAACGAGCCCGAGCCACCGACCACGUCCUCACCUCGUGUGGAGCUCGAGUUGACCUACAUGAACGACAAAUCCGCGUCCAAGCUCGCGGCUGUCGACACCAAGCUGUACACGUACAUCAACUUUGAAAUGAACGGUCCUGCCUUGCUCUACCAUGCGAUUCCAACUGAACGAUGUCCUGGCGCGUACAACUUUGCAGUCAACGCGCACGAGUAUACUCCAGCUGCAAAGUCGUCGACGUGUGCCACAUGUGUGGCAGUGACAGACUCGUUGCGUCCAUUUGGUGACAAGAAGGACUGGUGCACCACCGCUGCCGACGCCAGCGAUUUUACGGACGCCAACAUCGCAGCGUAUCAAGCGACGGUAGCCAAGCUGACGACGUACCGUACCAGCGCCGUGAAUAACAAAUGUAGUGACACUCGAUGCGACGCCGUGAGCGUGACUUCGCGGGGCAUCUUGAGCUCGGAGCCAACAUCGCUAUCAAACCAAGGGGACAAGCCAGACGACGAAAUCCUCGGGAAAGGAGAAAACGCAGUCGUCGCCGCGUGGGUUACUUGCUUGUCCAAGCCAUUCUCGACUGAAGAGUGGGGGAAGCUCAGCACACCACCGGCGACUGAUGCUGACUGGGCGACUCUGCUUGCACUCACCGGUCCAAACUGCCACCGAAGCUGCGACUUUGGAGUGACCUUGAAGGAAUGGUAUACGGUGUACACAUGCCCUUUGAGUGCGGGGGGGUACACCAAGCAGUGCGACGGGGCCGACGCGUGUGAGUUUACGCAAACCCUCAACAUCCAUAGCGAUACUCUCAUCGAAUCGGUCGGGGUGACCUUGCAUGCCGUGGACUAUGAGUCUCCGACGCAACCCCUGAUAGCUGACCCAGCCACCGUCCUUGACGUACCCGCGUACAAAUCACCUACCACCGCGGACAAUACCCCGUCAUACGAACUGCAUUUUGACGCGGAAUGUACAUUUGGAGAUGCAGCCUUCGACACCUUCUGCGGGUUUGCCAUCGCCCUUGGCGAUUACUUUUCGUUGAUAAGCUCCGUGGCAACCACAGCGGCAGCGACUGGCCUCAUGGCUAGCACCCCCCCACGAACCAUUGACGACAUUGUGUUUUGGCGGGUCAAAGUCGAAGCCCCAGGGGCGGACGUGAAGUGGAUUGUUGUUGCCAGGGAGGGGGAAACGACAUUGCGUUUGAACCAUUUCAAGACCACGUUGACAUUUGAGGCGUACACUGCGUGCGGCAAACUCGACACAGCAGCGCUUGCACCGUGGACGGUUUACGCACAUCGUCACAAACAGUUGCACAAAGUGGACGCGUGGUUUAGCAGUCUCUUGACCACCCGGGACCACGGUGGAUGCAACGUCAAGGAUUCCGACUUUGCCCUCGUCAAGCUCAAGUAUGACCCAGUCCAGAACGCAAACUACGAAACGUACGUUGUGCCAGACGCCAGCGACGUGCCAAUCAAGAAUACAUUCUUGGGCCUGACGUGUUGGUGGCAGUACAAGGAUGCAGGUGAAGCCGAGUACAAUUGGAUCUUUACGUACAGAAAAGACCACCCAGUCCCCCAGGACAAGCUGGACAAGGACGCUGCGAUCAAGUUGAAGAACGUGGCUCGCACACGAGUGGACGCCGUGUGCAACGUGUAUUUCCACUCCAACGCCCCCCGUGCCAGGUGGGUCGAUCCCGAGCGCAUAGACCUAACAAAGACGUUCGAGUUGAAAAACUGCGACGCCCCGCGCUUCAACGUGGCAUCGCCCGCCGAUCAAGGCCGGUUUGUCAAGGAUACCUGCGACAAGGUGGGGUUCCCGGGGCUCACACCGUGGGACGACUGGGAAGAGGAGGGGGUGCCCUGGGGGGGCGAGUGGCAGCCCGCGCCGUUCCAAGCCUGCGGGGGAUGGAUCGUGUUUUCCACCGACCCCGACACCACUGUGACAUUGAAACCGCACAACGAAUUGAGUUGCUGCAACCAGAAAGGGGAGGGUGGCGCCCAGUUUGUGUGUACGGCGUUUGACGACACGGUCGAUGCCAAGCGAUGUUCGGAUGUAGUCGCCACGACCAAGGACUCGACCACGGACAAAGCGUCGUUCGGCGUGGGCACAACGUACUUGCCAAACGCGCAAACGUUUACCUCUGUGACAGUCGCCCGUGGAUACACUCUGGACGCGUUCACAGCUACGUCACCAUCUUCGCCAGUGUUUAGCAUGGACGCGACAGCCUCGGAGGUUACGAAGGCCUUGCCCCUUGAUGUCCAGUCAAAGGACAUUGUUCGACUUGUCAUCCGCAAGGUGAUACGAGGGGGAGGGUCGUUGGCCAUGUUGAUAAGUUCGUCGUACAUGGAGGAAACGAAUGGCGUGGUGGUACUGGCAGUCGUGACGAUGCUGGUGAUCGUUGUGGCGGUCGUUAUGAAGAAGCGCCAUGGCAAACCAGUGGAGGACCAUACCAACGACGAUGACUACAUCGCGCUGCUCCAUUAACGACAUGUCGCUGGAGAGGUACUACAUAGUAGUAGCUACGAUCGGUAGUUGAUGUUGUACAACACAUUCGCGCUUUGAAAAGUGGUCGUGUUGCGUGUGUUUCCAUGGGUUAAAUACGAUUGAGGCCUGGCAAUGCAAACACACGAUGAUUGCCAAAGCCCCUUUCAAAUGAUGAACUAACACACUUCACACGAUACACUUGGCACCAGAGUGUCAAAGCUUGACAGCAAUAAUGUGCAGUGUUUUCACGCUGCUGCUACAGCCUGUACUACGCCUGUUCCGAUUUGAUUACACUUCAGAACAGCAUAUAAACUUGAG